GAGAAGCGCCGGCGAGCCUUAAACCGGGGGAAGGCCGAGCGAAUCGCUCGAAGGCGCGAGCGACGCUCUCCGCGAGCGACGAGCUUGCGUCACCCGGAUGAGGAGAGAGCGGGGAGGCGGGUCGUUGGUGCUGGUGCGCAGUUGGUGCUUUCCAGCUCCUGAGCCGAAACCGCCGCCGCGAUGAUGGCCGCGGAGAGCCCUUCCUCCUACCCGAGGACGUCCAUCGAGGACGAUUUCAACUACGGCACGAAUGUGGCCACUGCCAGCGUCCACAUCCGCAUGGGUAAAAAAGGAAAAAAGGGGGGCGGCGUCCUGCUCCUUUGCCUCCUCCAGGUCUCUGCCCCGCUCCCUCUCCAGGCAUCGCCCUGCUAACUAGUCCGGUCCCCCCCCCCCACUCUGGUUUUGAAGGGUCAGGAUUCGACCCGUUUGCUUCCUGGAGCCGAGCCUGUCGCAGCUUUUAAGGGCGCAGGACGAAACCAGAGAAAGAAGGCGUCAUCGCCGCGGUGCUUUUAAUUUCGUUUUCUAUCCCACCCCUUUUCUCCCAAGGUGUCACGGCGGUGUAAACAUGGUUCGUCUCCGCCCCUCCCCCACCAUGUAACCCCUACAACAAUCCUGCCAGGUAGGGUGAGGCUGAGAGGCAAGGUUUUAGUCCGACACUAACCUUCAUGAUACACCUUUAGGUGCCAGGCAAAAAAACCUGUUCUUUUCUAACCAGGCCUUUGGUUGACUUGAUUGACAUCCUAUUCCCUUUUAAAAUGUGGGGGUUUUUUGCGGGGGGUGUUAUUGGGUUGUUGUUUUGAUUAUAUAUCCUGCGGUUUUGUAUUUCGAUUUUGUCCUGUGAACCGCCCUGAGACCUCAGAGUAUAGGGUGGUAUAUAAAUUCAGUAAAUAAUAAUAACCACUGCACCACCCUGGCUUCCAGACAGGGCUUUGGCAGCAUCGCCCCGAUGCACACACUAAGGUAGAAGCAAAGAUAAAAAGACACUUUAAAAAAAACAAAGUUAAAAAGGCAGAGAAAAACUAUUUGAGUCUGUCUUUUUGUCUCUCUCACACGCACAUCCCGUGUGCUGAUAAUCCUUAUUAAUUAGGUGGCAAAGGAUAAACCAUCCUACUGUCUCCAAAUUGCAGAUUAUUGGGGUUCACAGGAUCAAAUUGAAAUCACAAAAUGUAUAAUGAAAAUAAAAACAGAAACAACCCAAUAACCACUGCCCCCCACCCACCCAUUUUAAAAGGGCAUUGAAUGGCAGUCAACCAAAGACCUGGUUAAAGAGGAAUGUUUUUGCCUGGCACCUAAAGGUGUGUAAUGAAGGCGCCAGGCAAACCUCCCUGGAGAAAGCAUUCCACAGACAGGGAGCCACUGCAGAAAAGGCCUGUUCUCAUGUUGCCACCUUCCGAACCUCUCAAGGAGGAGGCACAUGAAGAAGAGUCUCAGAAGAUGAUCUCUGGGUCUGGGUAGGUUCAUAUGGAAGGAGGCAGUCCUGAGUCGUUUAAAGCUUUAUAGGUCAAAACCAGCACUUUGAAUUGGGCCUGGAAACUAAUUGGUAGCCAGUGCAGUCAGACCAGGAUCAGUUUAAUAUGCUCAAACCGUCUUGCCGCGGUGAGCAACCUGGCUGCUGACUUCUGCACUAACUGAAGUUUCCAAACCAUCUUCAGAGGCAGCCCUAUGUGUAACGCAUUGCUGUAAUCUAACCUUGAGGUUACCAGGGUAUAGAUGACAGUAGUUAGGCUAUCCUUAUCCAGAUAAGGGCAUAGCUGGGCCACCAACUGAAGCUGAUGGGAGGCACUCCACACCACUGAGGCCACCUGAGCCUUGAGCGACAGCAAAGUAUCCAGGAGUACCCCCAAGCUAUGAACCUGCUCCUUCAGAGGAAAUGUAACCUCCUAGCCAUCCGGUCUAGGGAACCACCCACUAACAGUGCCUCAACCUUACCUGGAUUGAGUCUGUUUGUUGGCUCUCAUCCAGUUCAUUAUCGAGGGAAGACACCGGUCCAGCACUUCCACUGCCUCACCUGCAGAUGUAAAGGAGAAAUAGAGCUGAGUGUUAUCAGCAUACUGCUGACAACGUAUUUUCGUUGUCACUUGGUGAAAAGGGUGGGGAAAGCUGCAUCUACUUUAAGAAAAUGUGUUUCCAGAUGCUGCUAAAAUUGCAGGAGUAGGACUAGUAAAAAUGAUGUUGACUCUGCAAGGAAUUGUUACAUCUUUGAAUGAGCUGCAAAUCCAGCAAUGGUCUUUGUACAGGUAUUAUUUGUUCUGUGGCAAUGUGAGUGCCCACUGUGAAUGUAUGGAUGGAAGGCAGAAGGAGAAUGCUGUAAUAAUUCAUUGGCCAGCAACAAACAUUUCAGGCAAACAUAUCCUCUUGAUUUGGUUUCAUUUACCGUCCAUUGUCUUGUUUGCGCAGUUCAGUGCUUACUUGGGCUACUCAUGUAUUCCCUGAUGCAUAACUUUGGCAAUGCUACUAAACAAACAGGAUGUUAACCUAUUGCUGCCCUUUGAGGAACCACUUGUUCAUUCUAAUGAGUACAAUUUAUUCACUAUUACACUAUUUUUUGUUUUUGUUUCUAUGCUUCAUUAAAAAGAUGCACUAGUUUUUUAUUAAUCAUCUGAUUCGAGGUAAAGCAAGAAUUAAACUAUGUUAAUAUGCUGUCUUAUUUCCCAUCUCUUAGCAUUUCUGCGCAAAGUCUACAGCAUUCUUUCAGUUCAAAUUUUCUUGACUACGGUGACCUCUGCAGCUUUUCUGUACUCUGAGACAAUUCGGACAUUUGUGCAUGAAAGGUUAGACCCUUUUGAUGAAUACAGUUGCACUGUAUUUCCCCCACAUUUCAAUGUAUAAUAAAUUUUAGACAGGAUACUGUUUGAUGUAAUAAUAGGUUUCAGGGAAUUUUGCUGGCGUCAUUGGUUCUCAAGCAUGGUUCUCUUCUGUAUGUUGCUUGCUACUGUGAGAUAACAAUGAUUUAUUUAUUAUUAAACAUCUUAGUCCAAAGGGUCUCCAAGCAACUUGCAUUGAAUUUUUUUAAAAUAAAUACAUUAUACCAUAGAAAGGGGGAGAGGUCAUAUAACUCAAUACUAUUGCAUGCAACAUAUUGGGAAAACAAAACACCAGCUCCUUCCCAUAACAGUAAUAGAAAAGCAUUAGCAGUAUGUGAAGAGUAUGCAAAACAAUACUGGUAUCCACUAACUAGAAGAGAAAAAUUAAAACAACACCGAUAAACCUCUCCCUGACCCAAAAAUAAUUCCCAUCAACCUGCCAUUUUAAAAAAAAAAUGUAACAACUACACCAAUAAGUCUGCUGUAACUCAGGGGUGGGUGGGUCUCUGUAUUUCGUGUAUAUAAUGAUGCUUGUUAAAGGCACUUGAGCAGGGUCAAUAAAAGAUGACAACAGUACAACUGGUGGAUGUAGCUGUGCUACUGCUAAGCAUAAUAAGCAGCAUUUAUAUAGGUGUGUUAAAUUGUUCAAAGCAGGUUGCAUUACCUUGGUCACCCUUAAUACAACCCUUUAUUGUUACCAUAUUGUAGAUGGAGGACUAAGGCGGAGAGAGAUGAUAUUUUUCUUCCCCUCAGAUGUGUUCCUGAAUGAAGCUCAUCUGCUUUCUGUCAUAGAAUUUAUACAGAAAUAAAUUGCUACCAAGAGCAUGACUAUUUAUUUGAGGGUUUCAUACGCUUGAAAUAUUGGUGACUUUGUAACUAUAGAUGUCUUAAUUUCAUACAACCAGAAGAGAGGUGUCUGACCUUCAUUGCAGAUAUAUUAAAUUUUUUUAGACAUGUAUCCAAUAGACUCUUACUUUUUUUUUUACAUUAAAACAAAAGGAGCUAAAAAGCCAGCAAAUUAAUGUUGACUGUGUUCUCUGUUAAAUCUCACAGCCCAGCUGUACUCCUGGUAUCCGUGCUUGGUUCCCUGGUUGUGAUUGUGGCAUUAACUUUGUACAGACAUCAGCAUCCACUUAAUUUAUAUCUUCUCUUUGGCUUUGUAAGUAUUUCCAAAGCUUACUUUCUUCCUUACUGCUUUGUGGAGACUUUUUAAAAAGUUGCAGAUAAUUUGUUCACCUAGUAGCCUUUCUGUUAAGAUUGCUUUUCAAAGAGUGAAGUAGGUCUGUAAAAUACGCACUGUACCUUCUGAAAAUUGACGUACACUCAGUUUCCUCUGUGUGCUCAGAAAAGUGCAAUAGUGUGAAUUCAGGAAGACAGUGGGUUGCAUCUAACAAUGGAGUUCUCCUUGUGCAAUGCAACUUCUCUGUCCCCUCCUCCGCUUGUGUACCCCCCAAUUCUGCCCUAAAGGGCCCCUUCAAAACUUUGUCCAAUGAGCAUGAAGGCUGGAGGGUUUUUAAGUAUGUUCAAUUGAAUGCACUUAGAUAUUCUCUCCAUAAUUUGAAACCCUGAUAAAACAUGGUUCUUCUUCAAGUUUUCCAAGUUGCUUUAAAACUUUCUUUACGCCUUUGUAGUAAUUGCCCCCAAAUCCAAUGAGCAGCGCCAGUGCCCGGCCCUGUUCCUACUUUAACCCUGUGUUUUCACACAAAUGCUUUUAACACAGCUAGUGUUCAGUGCCCAAUUGCUUAUAAAGCACUGUCUGCUUCUGUGGUGGUUGGUGCGAUCUCUAGGAAGUGGAAGGUAUAUAAAGGCAUGCCACUUUUCCUUAAUCCAAAUAGGUUUAUCUUGAACUAAACAUAUUACUCGACUGACAUGCAUAGAACCCAGUCUAAUGACUGUUGCAUGCACAUCCUGGCUGCACAAGCUGACCAUUCCAAUUUCUUCAGUGUCUGAUAGAGUGCUGCCGUACACAGGGUGCCCUUUGGCUAGAGAUUGCUGAGUGGAGCUGCCUUAAUGUUGGCUUUAGAUGAUAAUUCUUUCAUUUUAUUUUUCGCAGACCCUUCUUGAAGCACUGACUGUUGCUAUUACAGGUAUGCAUUCACCCUUAUCAUAUAGAUAGAAAUAGAAAGGAAGAAGCCCUAUUUUAUGAUUUGUUACUGCUUGCUGAAAGGUGAUUGACAGUACAGAAGCCAGAUUUGAUGUCUCUUCUGUUAUACAUUCUCUUCCAACCAAAAAUGAACAAGAAAAAAUAGAGAAAUGCAAAUAUAAUUAAAAGAACAGAGACUGUACCCUAGAAGUAUGGACGUCUGCCUAUUAUUCUUUCAUUAUAUUCUAUAGAAAUUAGCAUGCUUAUUCUUGGGAUUAGCACUGUAAUCGUAGGUGUCUCAUUGCCUGGAAUAUAGGUAUGCUUAGCUGUUGUCAAAUGGAGCUGAUAAUUUUUUUUCUUAAUGUGAGCACGAUGCCUGCAUUGAUUUAGUUUGAGGUAACAAUGCCAAAUGUUUGAUAAAGAUUUUAAUUUACCUUUCCUUGUUUCUCCCCAUAGUGACUUUCUAUGAAGUAUCUGUUGUUCUGCAAGCCUUUAUCUUAACGACGGCUGUCUUUUUUGCUCUCACUUUGUACACUUUGCAGUCCAAAAGAGAUUUCAGCAAAGUUGGAGCAGGGUAAGUUACUUUCCUAUACACGCACACAAACACACACAGUAUAUAUACAUCCAUGUAUAAGAGGAUAUAGUGGCAAAAAUUGGGGGAGUUUCUAUAACCACCCUGCAAAAAACAGCAACAUUUGCUUACUCAUAGAGGUGAACAAAUGACUGUGUCACUUAAUAUACAGUGGUGGCCAUUUCUGUAGAGAGUUGCUGUUGGAAAAACACGGGGCAGCUGAAUUGAUAAAGUGUGUGCACAAAGUAAAAUCCGAGGGGGCGGGGUCAGUGUGACUUGUCAUGACUGAAACGGUGAUAGCGAGUAUCACAAUGCGAAUGUAUGUUCUAUAAUAGGCGUGUAUGUAACUAAGAUGAAAGCAUAGUUUAAGAAGAAAGUCACUAACCUAUUAAUGUGUGUUCACAGGCUGUUUGCUUGCUUAUGGAUUCUUCUUCUAUCAAGCUUUCUAAGGGUAAGAGGUCACACCUUGUUGUUGUUAUUGAAAACAUCACUGGAUAAUUUAAAAGGGGGGGAGGGUAGGUUUAUGCUAGGGCUGUGCCCCCCAUCUAAUUUGAGGUCCUUAUGACUCAGGGGCUCCUUGUAGUAGUAAAGGAGUUCACUGUAACAUGUAUUGUUAUUCCUCAGUUUGAAAUGGGUGACGUAGGAAGUUUAAUACAGUUUUUAAACUAAAAAAUAUACUUAGUUCAGUGGUUACAGUUUAUAUGUUUUAAAACUGGACUUCUGCUGUAUUGGAUUUGUCUUAAGCUCAACAAUACUUAAACCACGGUUUGCAAGCCCAGUUAAAAAUACGAUUUCUAAAUUUUUGAAUGAUGACUGAACUGACCGAGUGUAAACUCAUUCCACCAAGAUCAGAUACAAAACCACAGUUCAUUUGCGGUGUGCUUCUAGGCAUGUUUUUGUAACAUGUAACAUAAAUCAAGGAUGCAGUCCUAUACACACUUAACUGGGUAUUAAGCCUCCUUGAGCAUAAUGGGGCUAAGUUCUGAGUAAACUUGCAUGGGGUUGCAGCAGAAUUACUUAGCGUUUUACUCCAGUAUUUUAAUCUGUUUUCUUUUGAAGCCACCAUAAGACCUCUGUGGUGCAAUGGGUAGGUGCAUCAGGUUGUUAAUCAGAAGGCUGGUGGAUCAAGCCCACCAGGGACAGCUGUGGGCCAAAUUCCUGCAUUGCAGGGGGUUGGGAAAGAUGAUCCUUGGGGUCUCUUCCAAUUCUACAAUUCCAUGAUUUGAAUACAAAGUAGGAAAAACCAGUGCACAUCACAUGGUCUGUGUGUUGUGCUAUGGACAUGUUAAUACAAUUUAAAGAGCUUAGAUGUUUUCAUCUUGACAAAAGUAAAAACGGCAUCAGUAUAAAUUGCCAAAUAAAGCAUUUAAUGAGAAAAUCCCAAGAUCUGCGACUAUAGUAUGGGAGAUCUUUUUUUAGAGAACUAACGUAAGAGAGACAGAUGGUAGAACUCAAAUGUUUUGAAGAAUGCAGUUCAAAACAUCUUUUCAGAAUAACGCAGACGCAAAAUGCCCAGCCCUUGCCAAAACCUUUCAGGAUAGCAAUGUGUUCAAGAAAAUAGAUAUAAUAAUAAUAAUAAUAAUAAUAGCCAAUCAACAAUCUUAACAGCUAUAUAGGGAUUGGGACCAGAGAUCCCUGUCUGGCUAUUCUGAAGGGAAUUCAGUUUUGUCAUCUCAAAAGAGCAGUUCUACAGCAGCAGGAGGAAGGAAUAUGUGGUCCUCCAUGUGUUGCUGGCCUCCAACUCCCAUCCACCCCAACCAGCAUGGCCAGUAGUCAGAGAUGAUGGGAGUUGCUGUACUGCAUCUGGAGGCACAGGUUCCUAACUCCUGUCAAAUAAUGAAAGUCAUAGAAGACAUGACAAGGUCUGCCAAUGUUAGGGUUGCCGUGUGUCCUCUUUUUUCAGGGGUAAAAUUUCUGUCUGGGUGGAUUUUUAAAAUUUGCCAAAUUAUCUCUGGCUAUACCUUCUGGAUGAGACAUAGACUUCCCUCUUCUCUUCUCCUGCCCUCCUCAGCAAUGUAUCACAGCUUCUAUAGCCCACAUAUAGUAGGGGUAUUUAAAAUUAGAGUCGCCAUAGCGUCUUCUCUUUUUUAUUUAUUUUUUAUUUUUUGGCUCUUCAAAAUAUGGCAACCGUAACAAUGAUAAGAUAUGGAAAGCACUAAAGACUCAGGAACGACUAGAAAAUGGUAUGUUGCGCAUACAGUCAUACCUUGGUUUGCAAACAACUUAGUUGUUGAGCAAAUUGGCUCUCAAACGCCGGAAAUCCGGAAGUGUUCCGGUUUUUGAACAUUUUUUCAGAAGCCAAACAUCUGACACGGAUUCUGCUUGAGUGCAGGAAGCUCUUGCAGCCAAUUGGAAGCUGCGUCUUGGUUUUCAAACGUUUUGGGAGUCAGACGGACUCCCGGAACGAAUUAAGUUUGAGAACCAAGCUACCACUGUAUACAGCUUAUUCGUAAGCAAGAAAAAUAUAUUAGUGGCCAUAUUCAACUAAAUCACUGCACGAGCAGAAAUCAGGGCAAUGGUGCUUGCUAGUACAACAUGAAUUUCACCCCUCCUCCUGCACCCCGCUCUUCAGAUCGGCUCCAGAGGGUCAGAAGAACCUGCAGAACAUCAUGAGAGGGGAGGGGAGAUUGUUCUGUAAGGCAAGCAGAAAAGCUUGUACUAAGGGAAUAACCUCCUUAGCAUUACAUUGACUACAACCAUUCAGCUUUAAUUAUAGUUCCAUUAUGGUCAAAUCUAUUUUUUUGGUGUGCUUUUAUGAAAGACAUUUGCACAAAACCUCUCUCUGUGUUCUUUGGUUACAGCUUUUUUUCUACAGUGAAGUAUUAGAGGUAGUACUAGCUGCUGGAGGAGCACUUCUGUUCUGUGGAUUUAUCAUCUACGACACUCAUCUGCUAAUGCACAAACUCUCCCCUGAAGAAUACAUAUUGGCUUCAAUCAACCUCUAUUUGGACAUCAUCAAUCUGUUUCUACACCUGCUGCGUUUGCUAGAAGCAUUUAAUAAAAAGUAAUUGGGAGUUGUUAGAAUUCCUGAGAUAAUUUGGAUGUAGCAUCAAAAAAGUUAUUAAGACCUAGGAAAUCUGCAGAAUGCUCUGAGAUUGGAGCUUGUUUUUACAUUCCACUGUGCUUUCAGUGUUUCCUGUAUAAAGGGUGUUUUAGAGAACUGGUGUUUAUGAUUCUAUUCUGAGAUCAGUUAAUUACAUAUUGCAGUCAUCUUGGCUGUUCAGUAAAGGCUUAACUCCAUCCGUUUGCAUAUCGUUUUUGAUUGAAAGCCUUGCUCAUCAACCUCCAUUUGUGCUAUUAGAAUUCUAUUUUCUGCAAUAAUUGCCACAGAUGUGUCCUUUGAUAUUCACAAUUGUCACUGGCUGGAUAGCAUAAAAUGGAGUCUCUUAAUUUUGCUAUUGAGCAUCAAAGCUUUAAAUAAGCUAACAUUCUGUUGCUGGUCAUCUGUGGAAUGUGAAAGCUUACCCUACUAGCAUUUUGAUGUGAAGGAAUUAUCCCACCACUUGGCUCCUACACUUUCUAAAAUGUUUUAAUGUACUUCUAGUUAAAUACUGUGUUUUCAAACACUGCAGUAUUUUGAGAGAUGAAAGGAACUUUAUUCCAAAAGUGGAUAAUUAAUACAAGUAAAAGAUGUAAAUUAUUUGUUUAUCGAUAGUUUCUGCUGUUUUGAAGGCUUGUAUCUGGUCUAUUUUAGAUUUGUGAAAUUUAAAAAAGUUCUAAAGCGUGUAUAUAUAUAUCACACAAAAACACCACAGCCUCAUGUUUUCCGUUGAUCCUUCUGGAAUGCUGGAGAAGUUUGAAGUACAUUUUGACCCCUUUUCCAAGGCUUGUCAUUGACUGUUAAUAAGGGGUAAGACACUUAUGUGCAGUGGAGUGUUUAUCAGAUGAUGUUUUGUAUUGGUUGUGUACUGUGAAAUGCAGGCAGAUCAGGAGGGGCAAUUAUACUCCAUCUGCUCUUCUUUCGGGAUAACAUUAAGAAUUUAUGAAAAUAAAUUUUAUGAAAUGUUAGCUGUG